ACGUUUUGUCGUUGGUGUCGUUGAACGAGUAGGUUUGGCAGAAUGCUGUCUUUACUCGCGUUUAUCAUUUGUUACAACAUCUUGAGCAUUGGUGCUGCGAACGAAGAACUGGAAUGUCCUAAAAUCAGUGACGGAUAUUACCCAGACUGUCGAUGCAAACACGGUCCAGCGUACGACAAUAAAACAAACACUUGUCCAAAUCCUGAAUGUCCAGUAAAUGAGAGCGUUGGAAUCUAUCCGAACUGCGUGUGUCAGGAGAAAAACUUCGACUACAGUGCCACUUUCAACGAAUGUUUUCGAGUUUGUCCGGAAAAUAGCAGCGGCUAUUGGCCCAAAUGCAUCUGCGAUUACGAUGGUCAUACUUUCAGUAAGGAAUUGUUCAAAUGUAUCGCUUGUCCCGCAAAUAGUACUGGUCAAUAUCCCGAUUGUAAUUGUGAGAUCGAUGGCGCCAUUUUCAAUAGUUUCGGCAAUGUCUGUAAAGAACCUAAACCAUGUCCACAUAAUGGCGAAUACCCGAAUUGCACUUGCGAAGGUAACGCAUUCUACAACGACGUAACCUACAAGUGCCAGUGUCCUUACGGAGGUAUUGGUAUCUACCCGAAUUGUAAAUGUGCGGAAGGAUCAACAUACCAUGAAGUAAGCACCUCUUGCAAGAGAUGCCAAUUGGAAAGUGUUGGCGUGUAUCCUAACUGCGUUUGUGUAAGCCACAACAGUACGUACGUAAGGGAUUCGAAUUCGUGUUACACGUGUCCAGCUAAUAGCACUGGAAAAUAUCCGAAUUGUGAUUGCGAACAUCCGUUGCAGUAUGUUCAGGAAGACAACAUUUGUGCGGGUUGCCCAGAAAAAAGUGCGGAAGUUUAUCCGCGUUGUAAGUGUGACAACGGGUAUUUUAGUAAAACUCUUCGAAAAUGUAUUGAGUGUCCAACAGACGCUACCGGUUUAUAUCCAGCUUGUAAAUGCGACGAUAUACAUUUACUAUUCAGUCCAUUCGUCAAUAAAUGCUAUCGUAAAUGUCCCGACAACAGCUACGGUAUUCGCCCGCAAUGCACAUGUGAUAGUGGAUAUUAUUACGAUGAUAGUGAUUUUGCAUGUAAAAGCGUAAUGGGACGGAUUUGUCCAUUCGAUAGUAUUGGAAUCGGUCCGGACUGCUUAUGUGUGAAGAAAAAGCACAAAUUUUAUUCAUCCUAUUGGUUUUGUCUACCUGAAGGAGCUGGUUUCCAGCUUGGUCCAUCAAACUUUUGUCCAAGAAAUAAUGGCAGGUGGCCACAAUGUAAUGCUUUAGUCGAUUUUAAAGUACUAGCUAGCUCACUGGGAUAAAAUUUGUGAUGGUGUUGGAGGAAAAUCAAUAAUUACAAAUCGCCGCUCUGUACUGGUUUGUGGUGGUGUAUUGACUUAAGAUUCAGUAUAAUGAAGUUGUCCUUGGUAAUUUUGAAAUAUAC